AUGAAACAUUUCCUUGCUUCUCUGUCUCUUUUGGGAGCUUUUCUUCAUGCUUUGGCCCAACGGGCUGUCCCAGCCUCGGAGUUUCUGCUGGAGGGAGAUUACGUGUUAGGUGGAGUUUUUGAUAUUCAUCACAGUGGCACCGUUUAUCAUGACAGACCCAAAGCCAUCGACUGCUCUAGUCAACCCUUCAUUCUUUCAAGUUAUCGGAGGUUUCAGUUGAUGAGAUUCUCUGUCGAGGAAAUUAAUAACUCCACUGACCUUCUGCCAAAUGUGUCUCUCGGCUAUGAGAUAUUCGACCACUGCUCAGAGGUUCACACUUUUCCAGGCAUUUUAAAACUCCUCUCAGUGGACAGCUUGAUACAGCCUUGGGCUGAACCACACAAGAAUUUGUCCAAAGUAAUGGCUGUGGUCGGCCCUUUUUCAAGCGCUGACACCCUAAAUGUAGCACCACUAUUCAUGAUGGAUUUCAUUCCAAUGAUCAGUUAUGGAGCUGCUUCCUCUGCCCUUGAAGAGAAAGAAAGAUUUCCCUCUUUCCUACGAACAGUGCAUUCAAAUAAAAACAUGAUUGAAGUGAUUGUUAAGAUUCUGCAACACUUCAACUGGCGAUGGGUUGCAUUUCUUAACAGUGAUGACAGUUUUGGGGAAGAUGGCUUGGAUUUGUUCAUUUUGAGGAUUAAAGAUACUAAGAUUUGCCUGGCAUACACCAAAACACUCAAUGACAAAACAGAUUAUUCCCAAAUGUUCAAACAGAUCGAUUCCCAGACGAUACCCAUCAUUAUUGUUUUUGCCCAAGAAUUGGGAGCUGAAGCGCUCAUUGAAUCAGCAAUAGAACUAAACGUCACCAACAAGGUGUGGAUCGCAGUGAACACAUGGUCCUUAAACAAGAAGCUCCCCAAAGAGAAAGGAAUCAAACAAAUUGGGACUGUAAUAGGAGUGUCUCAGCCAAUGGUUACAAUACCUGGUUUCAGUGACUUUAUCUAUCAUUCAAAAAGCCAGACUCACUGCAAAAAUGCAGAACAAAAGGUGUUUUGUAAUCAGGUUUCCAACUGCAGCAACUUGACACCAGAAGAAAUCCUCAACGUGGACCCAUCUUUUAACUUUGCUGUUUAUUCUGCUGUAUAUGCCAUUGCACAUGCCUUACACAAUACCUUGCAUUGUGGAACUGACACAUGUAAUGGCAAUAUUACAGUGUUUCCAUACAUGGUUCUAGCAGAGCUGAAGACGUCAAACUUUACUCUUUUAAAUCAACGUAUCCAGUUUGAUGGGAAGGGUGAACCCAUGUUCGGAUCCUACUCUAUUGUUUUCUGGAACAACAGCGGUGAUGCAGAGGAGAUUGGCUUUUAUAGAUUCCAUCCACCAGACAAUUUUUUCAUCAAUAUCAGCAGCAUUCACUGGUACACAAAGGGAGAAGUGCCUACUUCAAUGUGUUCCCAAGAAUGUGCUGUAGGAUUUGCUAGAAUAGCAAGUCGAAUCCAGAAAUGCUGCUUUAGUUGUGAAAUCUGUCCAAACGGAACUUAUAUCAACAUCACAGAGAAUGCCUAUAAGUGCAUCAACUGUAAGGAGACAGAAUGGUCUGCAGCAGGAAGCACAUCAUGUAAUCUGCGGGUGUUGGAGUUUGUUCCAUUCACAGACCUUGGUGCCAUACUGAUCCUGGUGGGAGCCUGUGUCUUGGUGGGCCUCACAGUAGCCAUGUCCAUUCUCUUUGCCAUCAACUACAACACACCUGUCGUCAGAUCUGCUGGGGGACCAAUGUGCUUCCUCAUUUUUGGCUGCCUGUGUCUGUCUAAUGUCAGUGUGUUCUUUUACUUUGGUAAGCCCACCACUUCCUCUUGUGUCCUGAGGUUCUUACCAUUUCUCUUGUUUUACACCGUUUGUCUAGCAUGUUUUGUGGUGCGCUCUUUUCAAAUUGUUAGCAUUUUCAAAAUGGCUGCCAAGUUCCCAAAGCUCCACAGUGUGUGGAUGAAGUAUCAUGGACAGUGGCUGUUCAUCACACUGGCAUUUGUUACUCAGGCACUCUUACUUCUUUUUAGCUAUAUUCUUACACCUCCACAUCCCCACGAUGAAACCCUUUGGUUCCCUGACAAAACCAUCCUUGUUUGUGAGAUGAAUAUCAAAGCAUCAGCUGGUCCUGUGCUUUUACUUGUAUCUCUGUGCUUCCUUUGCUUUGUUUUCUCAUACAUGGGCAAAGACCUUCCUAAAAAUUACAAUGAAGCCAAAGCAAUAACCUUUUGCCUGCUCCUGCUGAUCCUCACAUGGAUCAUCUUUGCCACUGGAUGCUUACUUAACAAGAACAAGGACAUCCAGACACUUAAUGCCCUGGCAGUCCUCUCAAGUCUCUACUCCUUUGUGUUGUGGUAUUUCAUGCCAAAAUGCUACAUCAUCAUUUUCCAAUCCCACAGAAACACACAAGAGUACUUCCAAUGUCUCAUUCAGAAUUAUACCAAAACAAUCAGCAAGUAGCACUUCCAGUGAAAAUGUAUCUCUAUUGAAAGAAAAGCUGAUGCGCCUCAGGUUGCCUAGUAAAAAUGUAGAAUUUUUAGAGUACACUGUAAUCAUGGUCAUUUUUUCUUCCCUGAGUAAUAAACUAAUGCUACAUGCUUGUUUUUAUUGUUAAUCUUCAUUCAAGAUAAAGAAGGCCUUAAAAUUAGCAAGCACUUAAUGUUUGUGGCAUGUUAUUUUGGAGAUGGGGGGUCACAUGUC